GAGCCUGAGGCAAAGGCGCGAGCAGGAGCGAGGAGAGAAGAGCGAGGACCAGAACGGCCGCUUCUUUCGAGGCUCAGCCCCACUGAUUCUGAAGGGCUGGAAUCUCGGGCCUCUUCAAGGCAAAGCCUGCUGGAGAUGGGAAACGGCACAGAGGCGGCCCGCUCGACCCCACCCGGGCCUUCGGCCUCCUCCACAGGCUCUGUCCAGCCUCAGUGGGCCCUGCCCCAACCCCUUCAGAGAGCAACUAUCUCCAGGUUACCUGCGGGUCUGGGACUUGCCAGAGAGCAGAUGAGCCUAAGAACCAUGGAACCCAAAGACAAACCAGCUGUUACCUGCCGGCCCUCCACUUCGGAAUAUAACAUGGGGAACAGGACUGCAGCAGCACUGCCUGUAAUGGAACCUAGGCUCAGAGGACAUACAAGUCACGCCGGCAGAGGCCACAGUUGUGGCUCCAGGAUCCAAGUCAGGGAACAAGGAGAGGCCCUGCUGGCUGUGGGUUCUGAGAAGAAGGGGCAUAGUGCACCAAUAAAGAGACGCCAGAUUCGACUACCAAGAACGACUGUCCCCCGCAAACCCCUCAAACAGGCCAAGAAGACCUCUACCAAAGGAAGAGGUCGCACUGCAAAGGAGAACCCUGUGUCCCAGCCUGAAGACUUGCUCCCCAAAGGUCCCCAGGAGGAGAGCGCCCACGGAUCUCAAGUACAUUGCUGGCCCUCAGCACUUCCACCUCUCUCGGAACAGCAGUUGAUGGGUCCUCCUCCUUCUGUGGACCUUCAUGGGGCUUUCACCUCGUCCAACCCAUACUCAAAUAUGAUCCCCGUGCCAUGUACCUCCACUGCUCACCACCAUUCACUGGAGCUACAGGGAUCCGGUGCCUCUGACCAGGCCACCAUAGAGUGUCAGGAAACACUGGAGGCUGCCGAAGCCCUCAUGACUCUGAAGAACUCUUCAUGGAACUGGCACCAGAGCCACAGAUAAACAGGUCUUGCUUGAAGUCGGAGCAGUGAAGCCUCCCAGCCCAUCCAGCGUUAUUCAGACCCACGGCUGGCUCCCUUCACCUCCUGUUGAGCAUCUGGAGUGCACCUCCCUCUUGAACUUAAGGGACCUGGGAAGGGGUGCAGGCUCCUUCAAGCACCAAGUAGUUGAUAUUCUGUGUGGCUCAUGUCUGAAAUGCUUAAACGUGCUUUGUAAGCCUUCGGGCAUUUAACAAGCAUCCAGACUCUUCAUAAUGUAGAUCAGUUCCUUAGCUUGCAUAGUAUGUUCUUGGACCCCUAUCCCUUGUCCCUUUGUGAGCUGGUGCUUUUUAAUGUACCUUCUAUAGAUAGCAUUGUGCAAUUUAAUAUGACCAGUCUGUUGGUGGGGUUCUGAGUGGGUUAGUAUACCAUUUUCUGCAUUUGUUUUGUGAUUGCAUAUGUACCUGAGCACUCCCGUAUUUGUAUGUGGACACAUGAGAAGUUUCAACUUGUGUAUUUGAACAAAUAAUAAAGCAUUGGCAGGAGGCA